UUGAGAUAACAUCGAUCACUAGCGUGCGAAUGAUUUACACAUUUGAAGUGAUAUUGCCAGCCAUUACAUCCUUCAUAAGAUUCCUAGGGCAUCGUUUCAUGUCAGGUUCGUUAAAUGUUUAAAUUGUUCUUUCAAAAACAAUAGACGGGAUUAAGGCAGUCCAAUUAGUGAGCGACGUAAGUAUAAACAAACAGAUGAGUUAUAUUGAGUUUGACGCGCAAACUAUCAUUUUGCUUCGUGGUUCGUCGCCAUUUCAUUUCGUCCUACUUUUUCAGCUUCAAAGUGUUAACAUUUUUUACAGAGACGGGAUGUGAAAAGAGUGCCCUGGCAUGUUAAGAACAUAAUUAAUUGCGACUCAACCUUUAUACACAAGAAAUUACGACGGUUUUAUGACUGUGUCUGUCACGAAGCGGCCAAUGAUAAGAGAAAACAUUUGAUGUCAAUCGUUUCCGGGCAGGCUCGCGCUCGAUCGCAACCGCAAAGUUUAAAACGUACGUUAGCCAAUAUUUUCUUGAUCAUUACGAUGAUGAAGAUGGCCAUAUUUUACAAUUCGUUUCACGUUACGAAACAUGUUUUGAUGAUGACGAACAAUUAACAAAGGACAUAUCUAGCUUCACGCUGGUGUUGACAUUGAUGCAAAGACUUAGUGCAAAUAUAAUUAUCUUGUUCGCGUUCAUCCUCCUAGUUUUCCAAAGAGUUUACAAUCGAUUAUCGCUUUAAGAUCAGCUUUUCUUAAAGGCGAUUCACUGUUGGAUAUGGCAAGGAGUUCUUUUCCUCUAUGGUUAUUUUUUAACCUGCAACUUUGCGUGCAGUUCACGAACGUUUCGACAUCUAGUGGUCAUGAUCAGAAAUGGAUGUUAUUAAGUCAAAACCAUCGAUAUGUGUUACCUCGCGUGAGAUACAUCACUGAGGACAACGGAGUAUGGAAAAGUAGAGGUUUAAGCGGCGGACAAAGAAUGGCAGGAAAGAGAGGCAUUAAAGUAGAAAUAACAUUUGCAGUUUUUCAACAAAACUUCACACUCGACCUGUAUCAGAAUCGUGGUCUGUUUACCUCGCAAUACCUCGAAAGACACGAACAUUUCAAUGGCUCUGGAAACAACGCCAGAAAACUUGAUCAUUGUUUCUUUCACGGACACGUCAGGGGUAGGGUAAGGUCGAGUGUGUCCCUGAGCACUUGUGAAGGAUUAGAAGGGCUGAUUUACGACGGUACUACAUCUUACUACAUAGAACCUAUGGACAAAGCCUUUCAUUUGUUCUACAAAAUAAAAGAUCUCGACUCGUUUGAAUAUGAUUCGCCUGGACAAAGGAUGAAUCAGGACAGGGAUAUUCACACGGUAACACAAGAAAGACUAGUUUCAAAAAGAAGUAUUGGCAACGUAAAAACCCGAAGAAGAAUUCGUAACAAUGUCUUCACCGAAACUAAAUACGUUGAACUGCUUAUAAUUAACGAUCACAAGCAAUUUGAGGCUUGUGGAAAAAAUCUGACGAAGACAAAUCUACGAGCUAAACAAAUCGCAAAUAUAGUGGACGCUAUUUUCAAACCGCUAAAUGUUCGCGUAGCAUUGGUCGCCGUAGAAACGUGGAACGUGUUGGACAAAGUCAAAGCGGACGCUAAUGCUGAUACUUACUUGUCAAAUUUAGUAAAAUACAGAAAAAGGGGACUGCGAAAGUAUCCGAGCGACGUAACGAAACUUUUGACGGGAAUCUCACUGAAAGAUUCCGUCCGGGGUAAGGCUCACGUCAUGACGAUUUGUACAGAACAAUCGGCAGGCGUGGUCCAAGAUUACAGCCGAAAUGCUGCUUUUACUGCCAGUACAUUUGCCCAUGAAUUAGGUCACGUGUUCGGCAUGUAUCACGACGAGGACCUACCUCGUUGCGUAUGUAAAUCACCUGACUCGCGCGGUUGCGUUAUGAGCGAGCAUGUCGGCCGCGAACCAGCCACUAGCUUCAGUAACUGCAGUCUUAAAGGACUUGAAGAGACACUAUCACGGGGCUUAGGAUCAUGCCUUCUUAAUGUCCCAAGAACGCUGUACGGAGGCCCGGUUUGUGGAGACGGGAUAGUUGGAGGAGACGAAGAGUGUGACUGUGGAACCACUCAGGAAUGCACCGCUAAAGAAAACGCUUGUUGUGAUCAUGUAAAUUGCAAGCUGCGCGCGCAUGCGCAGUGCGCCGAUGGUCCUUGCUGCGAGAGGUGUAGGUUUAAAAAGAGCAGAACUGUUUGCAGGGAGACUGUGAACGAAUGUGACAUCCCAGAAUUCUGUACUGGAUCUUCUGGGAGUUGUCCUGAGGACGUCUACAUUCAUGAUGGUUACUCUUGCGCGAACAACACGGCCUAUUGUUACUCUGGGGAAUGUUUAACCCACGACAGGCAAUGUCAGGACCUGUGGGGCCGUGAUGCCGUAUCUGGUCCAGAUAAGUGUUAUAAUUACCACAACACGCGUGGCAACAAGUAUGGGUUUUGCCAUAAGACGAAGAAGGGUAAACAUCGACCUUGCAAACUAAAGAACGCAAAAUGCGGUAAACUCUGGUGCCUUGCUCGCAACCGGUGGCCUGUCAUAGGAAUACAGAGUGAUGUAAUGGGUUCCCAGUGGCCAUUUCAAAGUAAAACAGUCACGUGUAAGGGAACUAAUUUACAAAUGGGCAUGGAUGUAUCGGAGGCUGCGAUGACCCUUGACGGAACAAAAUGCGCUGACGGAAAAGUGUGCCUGGACAGAAAAUGUGUGCCUGUUAAAACACUACACGGAAAUGUGCCUUUGUGUCAUAGAAACUGCUCUAGUAAUGGUAUAUGUACGAACAUCGGUACUUGCUAUUGUUUUAAACCUUGGACUGGGACUUCUUGUGGCACCAAGCUCCCAGAUAUUAAACCAACGACUAUCACAAGUAAACCCAUCAAAACAAUGCUGCAAAGUACUUCUGCCAAAACGUAUUUGAUUACGACGAAACCGCGAACAGUUGCGACGAUGGAACCGAUUACAACUGCAAGCCCGACUGGGUUGCAAGUAGCAGAAUCCACACAGGUUUACAUCACAGUUUUUGCAAGUUUUUUCGCUCUCGUCGUUGUCCUUGUUGCAGGACAUUGCAGUUAUAAACGACGGUAUAAGCAUCGGCAAUUUGUUGUGCAGAAUAAGAAUAUGAAACAAAGGGUUGAACCGCGAUUUAAAGUCAUCGUUAUUUAAGAAAAAUUUUGAAUUAAGUAUUUAUAUAAGCGAGGUCUUAAAAGAACAUAUUGUAUAAAGAGCGACUGUACAUAUAUUUGUUUCAUAUUAAAUAAUUGCCGAAGUUUU